UUAAUAGUUAAUUUAAAAAAUGUGUUAAAAUGGAAGACUUGAAUAAUAGCAAUGUUGUUGUUGUACGGGCAAAACCCGAAGGCCAGAGGAAGACGUUCAAACCUCAAAUACGUUCUGUAAAUAAAGUUCCUGAUGAGUUACUAAAUGAUCCUCUACUAAAUAGAGCCUGUGAAACAUUACCAGGGAAUUACAAUUUUGAAAUACACAAAACAAUAUGGAGAAUACGUUCCCUUGGCUCAAAAAGGGUGGCUUUGCAAAUGCCUGAAGGCCUCACAAUGUUUGCAACAACAAUAUGCGAUAUUAUCGAAGCCUUUACUGGAGCAGACACGGUUAUAAUGGGAGACGUCACUUAUGGGGCUUGUUGCAUAGACGACUUCACCGCAGUCGCUCUAGGAGUUGACUUGCUAGUACACUAUGGACAUUCCUGCCUCAUACCAAUCGAUCAAACUAGUAAUAUUAAAGUGCUCUAUAUAUUUGUAGAUAUAAAAAUAGACCCAUCUCAUUUUAUUGAAACUGUAAAAUUGAAUUUUCCUAAGAAAACGCAUUUAGCUAUAGUUAGUACAAUACAAUUUGUUACCACAGUACAUUCUGUUGCAAAAGCUUUGAGAAAUGAAGACUAUAUUGUAACAAUUCCACAAUGUAAGCCCUUGUCUCCGGGUGAAAUACUUGGUUGUACAGCUCCAAAAAUUAACUCAGAUGUUUUGGUUUACUUGGGUGAUGGAAGAUUUCAUUUGGAGUCUAUAAUGAUUGCUAACCCAACUGUACCUGCAUACAAAUAUGAUCCCUAUGAAAAAAAGUUUACUUCAGAAUUAUAUGAACAUGAACUAAUGAAAUCAAAUAGAAGUAAACAAAUAGAGAUUGCAAAAGAUGCAAGUACAUUCGGGCUAAUUCUUGGAACUUUAGGCAGACAAGGCAGCACUAAAGUGUUAGACAACAUCGAGAAACAAGUCAGCUGUGUAGAAAAAGAUUAUGUGAAAAUAUUACUAUCAGAAAUUUUUCCUAGCAAAUUAUCUCUUUUUGGUCUUGAUGCCUUUGUGCAGAUAGCAUGUCCGAGACUAUCCAUAGACUGGGGAACAUCAUUCCCUAAGCCUCUUCUGACUCCUUAUGAGCUGUCAGUUUCUCUAGCUAAUGCUGAGUGGCUUAGGAGUGAUGGGACAUAUCCAAUGGAUUUUUAUUCAAAUGACAGUUUAGGUCCCUGGACUCCUAACUACAAGCCUCUGUUAUGUUCAGGAGGUGACAAGAAAUGUGAUAAUUGUUGUAAGGAUAAAAAGUGACUUACUG